AAAAAAAAAAAACAUGUUACAGGCUGAAAACAUUUCUUUCUCUGUCAAAGGUUUUUUACGGUGGAAACAUUUCUCUGAAACACAAACUCUGUCCAAUUUUGGCCUCAUCCUGGCGGCAGCGCCGCCUCUCUCCACUACGUCGUUCUUCUUUCACCACCGCUUUUUAGGGUUUUGUUGUCUUAAUUCUCUGUUAUUGAAUCUUCUAUUUUUAGGAUUUUUGAAAGUUUGGGAAAUUGGUCUUCUUCUCUCUUCUUAGUUUCACUUGCUUUGUAAAGGGGAGAUCCGCCGCAUCACAUGCUCUCACCGAAAUCACAUGAGUUUUCACGCCGAAUCACUAUCGUGUCGCCGCUGUAACCUGAGUUCGCCGCCGCCACCGACCUUUGAUGCAGACAACAAACUCAUCAGGAUUACCAAAUUGUGAAGCAAACAUGGAUAAUGGUAGAGAUGCUGAUGAUGUUGAAAUGAACAGUGGUAAUGAUAUGCAUGACGAGGAAGGAGAAGAUGAUUUGGAUGGUUACACACCUAUAGAUAAAUUCACAGAUGAUGAUAUAAGAGAGAUGGACCUGGUGAUCUACAUCAAGUUGAGGGUGAGGGUUCAGCUGGCCAACCUAAUGACGAGUCGAUGGAUUUCAAUGUGUCCUUAAGCCAGAAUCUCAAUGAUGACAUAAAUGAGACUGCUCAUAACAACCGUGGUAGUAAACAAAAGAGAAAACGCGCCACUGUUGCUAAUUCAAAACAAGCUGAAAAAGAGAAGUCCAACAAACCUAAGGAGAACAUGUCAGAUACAAAUGAACAAGACAUUCCAGGGGCUAGUGCUUUUGUCAAUCCAAAUCACUCAUUCAAUAUUGACAGCAAUAUGUUAUGAGACAUGGUUUUGUAUUUGGUAAUCCCAGUAGUAAAAUGGAACGUCAGAAAGCAACGUGGAACUAUGGUGUAGGGUAUGGUGCCGAUUAUUUCACCACAUGUAAUGGGGUUCGAAAUCAAAGUGCAUCAAUUUUUCCCCAAUUUGUUCCAAAUCAAAGUGCACCAAUUUUCCCCCAAUUUCAUCCAUAUCAAAGUUCACCAAUUUUCCCCCAGUUUCCACCAGUAGACAACAAUUUUAUUCGACAAAGCAGAACACAUGAUUUCCCUCGUUAUACACGUUUUAUGGAGGAGGUGGAGAACUCGGCUAAAAUGGCAGGCUAGGAAUGGAGGUGGAAAUGACGAUUCCUGAUUCACAAAUCACGAGCAAUGGGACAAGUAUCCAAUAUGAUGCUAUUUUUGUGGCUUUUGAAAGGACCAUAUAUAGGAAUUUAACCGUGUAGACUUGUUUUCAAUUAUGUUAAGUUAUUGGUUUGGAUUAUGAAAGGUGUUAUUGGUUUGGAUUACUGUUAAGUAGUGUAUUUGCUAUGUACUCUUUGGCAUAACUUAUGCCUACACUUAUUUAUUAAUAAAAAUAGCAAAGCCGUGGUUUGCGUC